CCGCGAGUGCCGUAAUUCACCUCAUCCUGGCCGAAACGGGCGGGGAUGGUACGGGAGUGGAAGCAUAAAAGUUACAUUUAAUUUCGUGAUAGCGGAUUGAAAACCUGGUUCUUCUCUGCAUUGUAUGUGUGCGUGUGUUUGUGCGAAUCCAUUUUCCAUCAACGAAACCACUCGCGCACACAUUUCCACGCGAUAGCAGACUCCGCGGUGAAGUGAAGAAACGCGAAAACGACCGAACCAGUUCCUGGAACCAUCAAACAGCAUUCCAUAAUGGAGCGCUUAUUCCAUCCGGAUUCACUUCAUCUGCCUAAUUGGCUGUUUCUGGGAGUGUUCGUUCGCCGUACCGGAGUGCACGUUUUACCGCGCUAAUUUCUGUCACCGCCGUGUACCGCUCAACGUCUGGAGGAAAUGUAAAGUGAUUCGCGAGAAACGAGCUAGCCAUAAAACAUGCAGUGAUAAGUGAAGCAACGAGGAGAAAGAAAAAAACCAAAGGAAUCGCAUUCGUCUGUCGCUUCGUUAAUUAGUCUGUUCCUUGGCUGUGUGGUCGCUGAUGCUCCGGCUUACUCGUUUCACUCGAGACAUCGCUUGCGGUGGUAUUUGGUGCGGUGAUUGAAAGCGCCUACUUCUUCGUGGAGUAACUCCCAACGCAUCAAGCACUGGGGCAGCUCCGUGGUCCACCAACCGACCAACGAGCAGGUUGGUGGAAAACUCACAAAAGACCAAACGCGUGCUACCGACGGAUGUCACGGUCCCGAUGCUGCCGCUCCUGCUGGUGUUUGGUGCGGUGAACGGUUAGCGGUGAGGGAACAGGAGGAGCGGUGUGUUGGUUGUGGUGAACGCGGUACAGUGCCUUGAGGCUAUGCUAUGCACGCUCGUGGCGGUUCGCAAUGGCAAAGUCGCAGAAAAGCUUCGCUCGGUCCGCUCCGGCGGGCCCAUCCGGCGUCCGGUGCCACCUGGAACGUGCAGGUGGUCCGGGGCAAGAUGACUUCCCGGUGCCUCUGGCAUGCCUGCCGUGCCCUCGUCCUCGGCAUGGUGCUCAUGGCUGUCGGUGGAGGCAUGGCCACGGUUGGAUAUUAUGCCAACAACUUUCCGUCACUGUCGGACCUACGGAGCAACAGCAGCACGUCGACGAUACGCGUGAAAAAUGAACACCGGGGACUGCAUCUCAACAAUCUGUCCUACGUCGGUCCAAUCAUCAUGGGAGUCGGUGGUUUCAUCGUAGUAGCCUCAUGCGUGAUGACGUUUGAAGCGCGCGACUCGGCGGCCAAGGUAGUGCCGGCCCGGUUUAAACUAAGCAGCCAAUCGAACCGGAACCCAAGCCGACAGAACACAUCCCGACGCUCUACAGGAGUCGGGAAUGGAACGGGACCGGGUCUGAUCACGGCAGCGCAGACAGCCCGCUGGGAGCAACAUCUCGGCGUUUUCCGGACAUCGCCAGCGACGGAGCAGGUCCCGGACCGCAAGGCACUCACCGCCGCGCUAGUGCACUUCUCGAAAGCCUUAGGGACACCGAAAUCGUCGCCCCAGCAGCGCCGACCGAGCGAAGGUGCGAACCGCCGGGUGUCACGGAGCGGUUCCGUGCCCAAUUUGUACGGCGACAAGCUAAGCGUUCCGUCGCUCGCCAGCGGUUCACCGGCGAACAAUAUCCGCUCGGAGUUGCUCGGUGGUUCCGGGCAGCAUCGGCAACAUCACCAUCACCAUCAGCAGCAGCACCAGCACCAGCAGCAUCCGCAUCAUCGUGGUACGCGAGUAAGCAGCAUGGUGCAGAGAUCAACGCGGGGUGAGGUCGCUGGCAGCGGUGGACUGCUGCACCCCGGAAUGCUACAGUUCCACCGGCAUGCCCUGUCGGUCGAUGAACCGGAUCCUUUCGUACGGACGCUCCAUCAAGCCGGUUCCCAUGGUUCGGUGCAGUACGGAUGCAGCGGUGGAGAGAUCGUGCCGGUGCAUAAGCUACGAGAGCAGCGCACCAAACGAUCCGAUACGGCACGCCGGCACGUCCUUUCGCGUCAAACGAAAAUCGAGAAGGACGAACUGGUGCUCGGUGGGGGAAGUCCGAAGCAGGCCACGCAUCACCAUCAUCACCAGCAGCAGCAGCAGCAGCAGCAACCACCUGCGGCCAUCAGCCGACGUGCCUCGACCGUAUCGAAUGCGUCAGUUGGCUCGAAGCAGCUUAACCGCGGCAGCCGACGUGCCUCAACCAUCUCGAAGACGCCAAGUGUCGACUCCCGCGGUGCACCGUCGACGCUCGAGAUUAACAGCCCGGAACGGUCCGUCGGUUUGACGCCACGGAAAGGAGGUGGUGGUGCUGGUACUGGGGGUAGUGCAAUCAUCUCCACCCCAUCCGUCGACCGGGAGUGUCGGAGCCAGCUCUCGAUCUGCUCGGAACCGGCCCAGCUCAGUCAACGCAAUCUUUCCUGUCAAUCGAGCUUGGAACCGUGCGUGCCCGAAGAGGACAGCCCCGAUCACGACGAGUCAACGGAACCGGUCUCCGUCGUUAACCAGCCACUCCGACCGGACUCACUCGUUCUGGCGGCCGGUGACACCACGGAACACGCCCCAGCCCAGCCACAGAACCGCUUCCUGUAUCGGAGCAACUCAACGAAGAGCUUCCGCAAACCGAAACCAAAGAUUGCGGCCAAAAAGCGUAGCAACGAGUACGAUCAGAUCUACGUCAUCGGGGCGGGCACCAGCGUUACCGGUAAUAAUCGGUUUCCCAACUUCUAUCACCACCGGGACGAUGACCAUUACGAUUCGAUCGAGGUGAUCCACGAGCGGCGCAGCAAAAACUUUAGCAAAUUCUCGGACAAUCCGGUGACAGCGACGAACACGGAGGCGUCAGCGGUGCCACUGACCUCCGAGGGACCGGUAGGAACGGCCGAUGUGACCACGGAAUCGCCCACCGUGAUCACCGAUUCGUCGGGUGAGUACCGGAAGGUGGGUUCAAACACGAUUAGUGUCGUGGCCGACAUAUCACCGGUACCGGUAUCACCGCACGAGAAGCAGCAGGAGCAGGACACCGGGACAGCAUCCUGCGUACCACCGGAUCCGGGUGGAAAGGAACCGGAAGUGGCGCGUGAUGAAGGAAAUGAAUCAAAGACCACCGGACAGCAACAGCAGCAGCAGGAGCAGGAAGAGAAUGUGCCACUAGAGCGGUGCGAGGUUAUGAAGCAGGAUUAGAAAAGAGGAAAGCGCAGGGAAUGGUACGGAGAACGGGUGGUGUGAUGUUGUGAUUCCCAGGAUGCUAUGCCGGAAUGUGUUACUGCCGAACACGUUUCCCCGAACACUUGGUGUCAGUAUUCUGCAAGUGUCAGCGGAAACUGGUUGGAAUGUGAUAUCCUUUGACCUAGGUGCGGCUGUGGCGCUGUGUGCUGUGUGCGAAUGUUUGUUUGUGUUGAAGAAGAAUUGAACCAAAAGCCAAGAUUGGCGUCCUUUGCCAACUGUUUGGAGCUGGAACGUGAAGGAAUCAGCAAAAGAAAGCCCUUCUUCCGAACAAUGCUUUCGGUUAUGGUUCCAUCUCGAUGCAUUAGUAACCCCGAGGUGCACUGAUUCACCACUCGUUCGCUCUAUUCUCUUGACUGGGACAGGAAGGGCGUUUUCCACCUGCAUUUCCACACUUUUACAUGACCGGUCGCUUCAUUUUCCGGUUCAUGUUCGAAGACAACCAGAAAGUUCUGCUGACAGCGGCGUAAUGCGAUUCGUGUCGCUGUCCUUUUGUGUCCCUUUUAUGGUCCGCCUUUUUUUGGUGCAAUUUAAAGCUCAUCGAAGUGUACGCCCGAAAGUCAGAAUGAUUCAGGAGCUCUCUCUCUCUCUCUCUCUCUCUCUCUUUCAAGUACCUGGGACAAUGUUACGGAAAGCUGAAAAGCUGUUCUAACCGGCAUCAGCAAACAGAUGGAUCCUUCAAUUCAAUAAUGGAAUUUACUUUCAUCCCAGUGUCUCUCUGCUCGUUCUACUGUGUUUGUCCGGAACAUGCCUUGACAUGAAGCUGCAGCACACCAGCAGAAGCCCCAAAAGGGGAUCUAGCCCCGAACAACGAACAUCGUUGUGGUCGUUAAAAGUAUUCGCCAACUAUCGGUGACACCGGUUGUCCCCUCACCGGACCUGAAAACACUCGGAACAAGUGAAACUUUUUGGCCACAAACUGAGGGCACAUGCCAUGGCCAUGGUCACCAAACUACUAUCAGGAAAUAGAGGGUGAGGUCCGAUGCCGGAAAGUAAAACGUAAGCCGAUAUCUCGUCGACAUCGUCGGUGUGGUUUGCCUAUCCGGCAAGCGAUCUCAUGGCCCUGGUGAAGGAUGAUGAUGCUGACCGCAACAAAUUAAAAAUGAAGUUGUCUCCGGGGGGAGGAGCUUGGCAUGAAGUUGACCCUUGAGCUUUAUAAUCUCUCAAAGGGAGUGCCCUUCGACAAUGAAUUUUAAUGAUGUGCGAUCCUUUAGGUGGUUCCAGCACACUCUAUGCACUGCAGAAGAUAACGCAGAUCGUUCAAUUGUUAUUUUUGUGCUUUUUUUAUGCUUCUUCAAGUUUCUUCCUUUAAAGGGGGCUUCGGUAAUUUCUUACCAAAACAAGGAUCAUUUUUGACGAUUUUUGUGACGUAACCAUUCAACUUUAUUCUUUCAAGCGUACGUCAUAUUAAACUGUAACUUUUGAAGAAUAUUUGGUUCUAUUUUGGGGAAGAUUGAUUAAAAACAUCAUCUAUGGGAUCAAAUUUCUGAUGGUUUUGUCUGCGGAAAGAUACUUUUUACGGUGCCCAUCGUAGCUGCGUGAUGAGUCAUCAGAAGAAUACAAAUCGCUUCUCGUUUGAAAGAUUAUAAGUUUAUCCAGGAGGUCUCGUCAAGUUUUUGUUUGAUUUUCCUAUUUUUCGAUUUUUGGCAGAUUUUUAAAGUUGAAUAAGUCAUACUUUUUGUCAUUUUCCCUAUAAACACGAUUUUUAAACAUUUGUUUAAAAAAAAGUAUCAACAAUUUUCAUGAAAUCUCAACGAGACUACCUGGCAAAGAGUGUACAGAUUAUGUGUUAAAAAUUUCAAAUCGGCACCGAUCGAGCAGUUUUUGAAAACGUUGGUUUUGGGAAACGCUCUUCAAAGAAGCGCGCUGCAUUGAGCCUUGUAUGAAACGCGGAUUUUCAAACAUCUGUAACUUGGUCAGUUUUGCUUCGAUUGAUCCAAAAAAAAAUACACAAUGUUCUUGAAAGGAUCAGCAUUCAUGGAAAAAUGUUAAAAAUAUGUAUCACAAAAAAAUUAAUACCGCAGCCCCCGCUUAAUUUCUAAAGCAAAUCCUCAUAAACCGUUCACUCCGUGACAGUAGAGGCAUCGGAAUGGUUACGCAAAGCAAAUACUUUCACACGCGCCACAGCCACAGCACUGGAUUUCGUUUCGCCAGUCCCAGUGCUCGCUAGCUCUCUAGACAACAAUGAAAAUGUCAAUUACUUGCGUUUCGCUUGAACGAGCGACCACCGAAACCGAGCAAAGCGGCAUCUAAGCUUAUGUUGGCCCGGAACAUAAUCGAACCGGCAGCCAGGCAGCCCGGCAGAAUGAUUAUGCAGGAAGCGAACUGGCUGGAAGCACCUUGUUGGAAGCACCCUCAAAAGAACCCUCGAUUGGGUAAAAAUUGGCCUAUCCAAAUGGUGGUGAAAUCGAAAUUGUGUGCCCUUCGGGCUCGAUGUUAUCAGUGCGCCAGGUCCAUACGGUUCGUAUCCGCUGGAGAGAGGGGGUUCCACCUGAACCUUCGGUCUGUUUGGCCUGGAAGCAAACAGAAUGUACGCUAGGGACCCCGGUGCCAGCCGAGCCAGCCAGUCAGGGGCUAAUAAAUUCAAUAUCUAACGAAUGUUUACCGCCACGGUGCCGCCAAUAUAGCAGAUAGUAGACUCACACAAACACAUACAAACACAGAAGAAAGGAGGAACCGUGGAGAUCGAGAAAAAUCCCGGAUAAGCGCCCGUAGGUCGAGCGAGCAAUCGUUGUGCCAUUGCUAUCGAUUGGAUUACGGAAGAUGGGGGCAAAAAAAAGGCGAACAGAAGAUGCCUUUUCAAGACCACCGUUGUCGUCUGCGUCUGCUGCUGCUUGUCACCAAACUAAUGAGAAAUCGAGGCGACGCCACAUGGGUGCGACGAAGGCUGAUAAGGAAACUCCACUCCGGUGACACUGUAACUGCAGUUUAAUGUUUGUUGUGGCAGCGUUCUCGGUACGCUACUGCGUUAACAAUCGGUAGAUUUAGUGAAAAGAACGAAACCAAAGUUAUGAAACGGUUUCCUAUGCUCGAUGCCCUCGUUUUCAUAAGAAGAUUAGGGCGGAUAGCGCAAAGUGAAGAAGAAGGUGCAGGUGCAAAAACGUGCAGAAAGGAAUUGAAUUCAAACGACUGUUGAGCGAAAAGGGCGGCGGUGUGAGGUUACUCGUAGCCGACGAUUUGAUUAUUUAUACGAAUACGAUCACAGCACAGCGAAGUGAGAAUUAUGCUAUACGACAUCGUAAAACGCGUCAUCAACUACUACUACUUCACCUCAUCAUCAUCAUCAUCAUCCACAUCGAGGUACAUCGAGUUGGCAGGUUGUCGCGUUGACGCGCUUACCGUCGCCCAUAGCAACAUACCAUAGCGUAGCACACCGUCACAUACCUUAGGCCACCCAAACCAGCAGCAACCUAUCCUAUCCCCUAGCAACCCCGUAGCGGUAUCUCACGAGAAUGUUUGCUAGAUCGUCGGUGUCUAUUCGUUUGUUAAAAGAAGCAGAAAAAACUAACAAACAGGAACACAACCUUUAUACAACCACGAUGGGCUGCUGCUGUUGCUGCUGAGCGAAGAAAGCAAACAAAAAGAAAACACAAAAGACUAGUUAAAGUCAAUCGAUAUUAGAUGUGAUUGUGUGUGAGUGUGUAGCAAAACGAGCUUCAAAAUGUAUUUGUUGUUUGUUACGAAGCGUGGUAGUGGCUUGUGCGAGCGCGGUGCAAGCAGGCCGAAGGUCAGCAAAUUCAAAUCUCCCCAUUUUCCCUCCAACAAACCCCACCAUACUUCACACACCGACACCUAACAGUGGCCAACGAAUUGUCCUCUUGAGACGAUGUUAAACAUUAUGAGUUCCGACACCUACCGGGCGAUGAAGUAGCAUCCCUCUGCACCUCACAAGUAUGUUGACCAAUAUGUUACAAAACUUUAUCGCCAACACUACCACACUAUAAACACACAGAAACAAACACAGUUCACACCCAUGUUCCUCCUCCUCCUCCAAAUGUGCCAAAGCAAUUGUUGUUGAAGCAUUCUCCAGUGUGCUCCAGAGUUUAUGGAAAAGCGUGUGCCGAAAGCGAACCUCUCUACGGACCCCUCCUUUCCCCGCUCGACGGUCAGUGGCGAGCCCCUCGCUUACACUUCGCCGGCCAAGAAAGUAA